CAUGGAGAUAGCUUCAGUCAGACCCCAAGUUUUAAUUCCCAUCAAAGAAUAGACAUGGAGGAGAAACCAUAUAAUUGCUCAGAGUGUGGAAAGAGCUUCAAUGUGAUUUCGAAUCUAAUUUCCCAUCAAAGAACCCACACAGGGGAGAAACCAUAUAGAUGCUCAGAGUGUGAAAAGAGCUUCAGUCACAGCACAGGCCUUGCUUAUCAUCAAAGAAUCCACGCAGGUGAGAAACCAUACAAAUGCUUGGAGUGUGGACAGACUUUCAGCAUGAGCUCCAGCCUUACUUCCCAUCAAAGAAUCCACACAGGAGAGAAACCUUAUAAAUGUUCGGCAUGUGGGCAGAGCUUCAGUCACAGCUCAAGCCUUGCUUACCAUCAAAGAAUCCACACAGGGGAGAAGCCAUAUACAUGUUCGGAGUGUGGGAAAAGUUUCAGUCACACCUCAGGACUUGCUUACCAUCAAAGAAUCCACACAGGUGAGAAACCAUACAAAUGCUUGGAGUGCGGACAGAGCUUCAGUGUGAGCUCAAGCCUUGUUUCUCAUCGAAGGAUCCACACAGGAGAGAAACCUUAUAAAUGCUCACUAUGUGAACAGAGCUUCAGUCACAGUUCAAGCCUUGCUUACCAUGUAAGAAUCCAUACAGGGGCAAAACCUUAUAAAUGUUCAGAGUGUGGAAAGAGCUUUAGCCAUAGCUCAGGCCUCACUUAUCAUCAAAGAAUUCACAAUGGGGAGAGGCCAUAUAAAUGCUUGGAGUGUGGAAAGGGCUUCAGUGUGAGCUCAAGUCUUACUGCCCACCAGCGAAUCCACACAGGAGAAAGACCGUAUGAAUGCUCAGAGUGUGGAAAGUGUUUUAGUAGUAGGACAGGAUCUAUCAGACAUCAAAGAAUCCACACAGGAGAGAAACCAUAUAAAUGCAUGGAAUGUGGAAGAAGCUUCAGUGUGAGUGUAAACCUUACUUCCCAUCAAAGAAUUCAUACAGGAGAGAAACCAUAUAAAUGUUCAGAGUGUGGAAAGUGUUUCCCUGACCACUCACGUCUUGGUGUGCAUCAAAGAAUACAUACCGGGGAGAAACCAUAUAAAUGCAUGGAAUGUGGAAGAAGCUUCAGUGUGAGUGUAAACCUUACUUCCCAUCAAAGAAUUCAUACAGGAGAGAAACCAUAUCAAUGUUUAGAAUGUGGAAAGAGUUUCACUCAGAGCACAAACCUUACAAGGCAUAGGGGAAUCCACACAAGGGAGAAACCAUAUAAAUGCCUGGAGUGUGGAAAAAGCUUCAGUCGGAGUAACAGCCUUAAUACUCAUCAAAGAAUUCAUACUGGGGAGAAACCAUAUAAAUGCCCGGAGUGUGGAAAAUGCUUCAGCCGGAGCGAUCACCUUACUACCCAUCAAAGAAUUCACGAAGGGGAGAAACCAUAUAAAUGCCUGGAGUGUGGGAAGAGCUUUGGACGAAAGGUCCAACUGGCUUCCCAUCAACGAAUUCACACAGGGAAUAAACCGUACAAAUGCCUGGAAUGUGGAGAAAGCUACAGUCACAGUUCAAGCCUAGUUUACCAUCAAAGAAUUCACACAGGAGAGAAACCAUAUAAAUGCCUGGAGUGUGGAAAAAGCUUCCGUUUGCGUUGCAGCCUUACUACUCAUCAAAGAAUUCACACAGGGGAGAAACCAUAUAAAUGCUUGGAGUGUGGGAAAAACUUCAGUCAGAAUGCACACCUUACAAUCCAUCGAAAAAUUCAUGCAAGAAAAACCAUAUAAGAACAUUUCACAGGGGACAAACCAUACAAACACUUGAAGUGUGGAAAAAGCUUCAGUCAGAGUAGAAGCCUUGCUUCCCAUCAAAGAACUCACACAGGAAAGAAACUGUAUCAAUGCCUGGAGUGUGGGAAAAGCUUCAGUCAGAGUAGAAGCCUUGGUUCCCAUCAAAGAACUCACACAGGAAAGAAACUGUAUCAAUGCCUGGAGUGUGGGAAAAGCUUCCGUCAGAGUGACAGCCUUACUACCAUCAAAGAAUUCACAUGGGGGAAACGAUAUAAAUGCUUGGAGUGUGGGAAAAACUUUCGUUAGAGUGCAGACCUUACAGACUGCUAAAAAUUCACAGAAAGGAGAAACCAUAAUAAUGCCUGGAGUCUGAAAAGGCAUUAAAUUACAGUAAAAUGGAUUAUGAAACUACA